AUCGACGCCUCAUUGAGGCGACACCUGGCCAUCACCACCACGCCCGCGCGCAGAAGGGAAAAGGAAGAAAUAAUUAAGAGCAGCGGUCGCAGACCAGCGAGUCCAACUACUGAUUGCCGGAUGACACGGCUCAAUCGCCCCGCUCUCCCUCCACGAAAUAAUUGAACGGCAGCAGUAUUCUUCUUCUUCUAGAUUUAGGGAUUGAGCUGUUCUACUGCCUUUGACGAGAAUGAUUACAUGGGGUGGUUGGUGCACGAGUUGGUAAUUGGAACGACGUCUGUGUCCAGCCCACGUCGUUGACCUAACUCCGGCAUCGCCUGCUUGGGCAACAACAACAUGAUGGGAAGAGGAAGAGGAGGGAAAGGAGGAGGAGGGUCGGGAACGGACGGAAAUGGUGGCGGGCUGGCGCGGCAGCCGUCGAUAUACUCCCUGACCUUCGACGAGCUCCAGAGCACGCUGGUGACCGGGAACGACUUCGGAUCCAUGAACAUGGACGAGCUCCUCAAAAACAUCUGGUCCACGGAGGAGAGCCAAGCCAUGGCGGCCGCCGCCCCCGCCCCUGUCCUCGAUGGCGCCUUCGCCGGCCUCCAGCGGCAGGGCUCCCUCACGCUGCCCCGGACCCUCAGCCAGAAGACGGUCGACCAGGUCUGGAGGGACCUUAUGUGCCCGGCCCCGCAGGGCAUGCCUCCGGCUGCCGGCGUCUCGCACCAGCACCGCCAGCCGACGCUCGGGGAGAUGACCCUCGAGGAGUUCUUGGUCCGAGCUGGGGCGGUCAGAGAUGAAUUGGCUCCUCCACAGACAUGCGCCAGCAACAGCGGUAAUAACAGCAGCAGCAAGAAUAACAACAACGCUAUCAGCAAUGUGCUUUUCCAUGAUCUACGAGUUGCAAACAAUGUCCCGCAGCUUGCUCUUGGGUUUCCUCAGGCCGGCCGAAGUGAUAGAGAUGUGGUCGCUAGCAAUCCAUUCACCGACACUUCGGCGACUAAUUUAGCAGUGAUGGUGGCCACAGGGCCGAGUCCGUACGUCGCGCCGAUGGCCCCGGGGGAUGGUUUUGUUGGUAUGGGGAACCCUAGAGCGGGAGGCCUUGUGGGAAUUGGGGAUGUAGGGAUAAAUAAUAGGUUGAUGCCUGGGGCUGUUGGUUUGGGCGCAGCUGGAGGUGCGGGUGCAGUUGGAACUUCGGUAAGCCAUCUGCCUUCAGAUGCACCAAGGAAGCACGGUGCGGAUCUGUCCUCGGUAUCGCCAGUUCCAUAUGUUGUUAACGGAGGACUGAGGGGAAAGAAGUCGAGUGCUGUGGACAACUUCUUGGAGAGGAGGCAGAGGAGGAUGAUCAAGAACAGGGAGUCAGCUGCUAGAUCACGCGACAGGAAGCAGGCUUAUACCAUGAAGUUGGAAGCUGAAGUAGCAAAACUCCAGGAGCUAAACCAAGAAUUGAAUAAAAAACAGGCAGAGUUGAUGGAGAUGCAGAAAGAUCAGGUAACUAACUUGAACCAUUACAUAUGUCGGAGAUGAUUAAUCAGCAGCAAGGACCAAAAAAACUUUGCUUGAGACGGACACAAACAGUUUCUUGGUAAAGUUAUGCAUGGACAGAUAACAUGAUGUAUCAUAGUUCUAGUCUAAAAAGCAGCACAUUGUAUAGCAAAGAACUGUGUCAUCCACUGUAACUUGAGAUGAAGUUCCCAGUUCAUCUGAUUGCAAACCUCUCAUUUGUCGAGUUCUUGAAUAAUUUGACUUUCAUCUGUGGUCUACGUUUUUCUUACUCCACAUUUAUCCUGGACGCAUUGCAAUAUGGUGCGCUGUCAAUAACUCACAUCAGUUAGCCUGUGGGGAAGCAUGUGGUGAUAAGAUUUACAUCUAGUCCAAGUCAUGCAUUUAGCUUUCCUUGUGUCAGUUCCUUUUGAAUUUAAAACAUCUGUUUUGUGGUGCCUAUUUGAGACUCCCUAUGUUGAAAUUCUACCGUCAGCUAAAUAUUUCUCAUCCUAGAUCCAAAGUAGGGACGAACUCCUGUCUUCUUUGAGUCUCUUUUCUUUCCUCUGCAUGGUCUUUUGGUUUCUUUACUCUGGUUUGGUGUAUGAGGAAUAAAGAUACAAGAAUCGGUGCAUUUGCAACAAUUAGCAGGUUCCCUUCUGCUCCUGGUAUCGUAUCUUUGUAGUUGUGUAUGUUUGCAUUUUUCUUGUCACGGGACAGUUGUAUUAUGAUGUGUUUCUGCUUAAGCUUGUAUUUUGGUGA